AUGAACUGCCGGAACCGCCAUCGCUCUCACGCUCCGCAGCCGCUGCCGUCGGCCGAGUCCAUCAAACUCAAGAUGUGGCAAAUCGUCUCCCGCCACGAGCAGCUGAAAGUCGCCUUCCACCAGCUCCAUUCUCAGAUCAGGACCGGUCUGCUUGAGGCGGAGGAAGUAUUCGCGUCGCUGGCUACACCCCUGACGAAGCUGGUUGGGCUGAAGACGGUUGAAAUGGCUGCCGAGGGGAGAUUCAGCACUAUUUUCACUUCUGUUGAUCGUUUCCCUUCUCAGCAAGAGAACUACAUGGUCAGAGCCACCACCGCUGGCAACGAGUUCAUGGAGAGACAGAAGCUACAGCUUAUGCAGCUCAUCAGCCUUCUCAAGAAGAUCGAGGCUCAGGUCAACUUGAGCCAGAGAAGCAUCUCCCAGAAUCUAUCUGACCAUCAGGCUGACAUGGAAAAGUUCUUCCUAAAAGCUUUUGCAUACAUUUCCUCAACUCACCAGUCUGGCCCCAGCAACGAACUCUUCCAUGUGAUGUUAAAGAUACUCAGGGCCACAUUCAACCAGGUAGUGGCUGCCCUCGAGUCGGUUGAGGUCGGAAUAGAUGACCUUAUCCGUGAGCUGGCUCAGAAGAUGUGUGGUCCCAUGGUUGAGUACGCCAAUGGUCUCAAGGUCGAGAUUAGAGCGGGGACGUGCUCUCGGUUGCUCGAGGUCAUUAAGGAGAUGGACGGGGCAAUGAAGGUUAGGGAGUUGGAGUUGGAGGAGGCGAGAAAGCGCGCGAGGUCAGCGGAAGAGGGAAGGAUCAAGGCCAUGAACAUGCUGAUGAAAUUGGGGAAAGCGGGUGGGAAAAUGACCAUGUCGUCCCCAGGAUUGUUAAUGGAAGAUAUUAAGGAGUCGGGAGAACACUCGACACGUGAAAAGUCUUUGGGCACUAAGGCAGAUCAGGGAAAAGAUGAAGACUUACUGUGGGAACUCCUGAGGAAGAAAAGAAAAUGCCACGUACCAGAUAGUCCCCUUGGACCGAAUGAGCUUCUGGGCAUAGGCACGUGCAGCAAAAAGCUUAAGGCGACAAGGUUGUUACCCCCGCUCGGUAACAGACCUGUUACACGUUCCGCUUCAAAAACAGCCAAAUUACAGUCUUCCUUGAGCAGUUACAGGUUGCUCUUAGGUUCUUCCCCUUCAACAGCAAUUAAUUGA